UCAAUUCUUGCAAAAAUGAUGCUAAGCAAAAGCAACAACUUCCUCAAAUCUCACGCUUUAACAACUCAAACCCUACCUCCAAAUUUACACAACCAUUUUCGCUACGGCGAAGGAAAUGUUUCAUCUUCAAUUCCGAUUCCCCGCCGAUCCAAACAAAGGAAUCUCCGGCUAUGCCGCGGCGCUUCCACCGAAGUGAAACCUAGCUUGUUGACCCCCGUUGAGAAGUCAACUUCCGUUAAAGUGGUCAUCACCGUGCUUGAUGAGGACGGGGGCGGCCUCCUCAGCAACAUCGGCAUCAACCAGGGGCUCGACGGAUUAACCGACUUGCUCGGCCGAACCCUGCUCGUCGAGCUCGUCGCAGCACAACUCGAUGCUAAAACUGGUGAGGAGAAGCUGACACUGCAAUCAUAUGCACGUAAAAGUGGGGAUAAUGAGAAUGAGAUCUACUACGAGUCCAGUUUCGAAAUUCCAUAUGAUUUUGGAGAGAUCGGUGCCAUUAUACUUGAGAAUGAACAUCGUCAAGAAAUGUUCGUUAAAAACAUCUCAUUGGAUGGAUUCCCCUCUGGCUCCAUCAAUAUACAUUGUAAUUCUUGGAUCCACUCCAAAUAUGAUGAUCCUGAGAAGAGAGUCUUUUUUUCCAACACGUCAUACUUGCCAUCCCAAACUCCAGGUGGGCUAACAAGAUUGAGGGAGAAAGAGCUCGUAGCUCUUCGAGGAGAUGGCCAAGGAGAGCGCAAGACCUCGGAUAGGAUCUACGAUUAUGACGUCUACAACGACCUCGGCGACCCAGACAACGACGAGAAUUUGGCCCGCCCUGUUCUUGGUGGGCCUGACCAUCCCUAUCCUCGUCGCUGCAGGACUGGCCGCCCAAGAACUGAGAAAGAUCCAUUAUCGGAAUCUAAGCCCUCUGAGAUGUAUGUUCCACGAGACGAAGCAUUCUCCAAAGUGAAGCAAGAGACCUUUCAAGCAAAAGCUAUCUACUCAGUGGUGAAUGGGCUGGUGCCAUUGCUCAAGUCAGUUGCAGUGGAUGCUGACCAAGGAUUUCCAUAUAUUUCAGCUAUAGACGGUUUGUUCAACGAAGGGGUCCUACUUCCGGAUAUUCCGACCACUGGAUUCCUCGGCAACAUUAUACCUAGGCUUCUCAGAGCAAUCACUAGCACUGGCAACACCAUCUUGCGCUUUGAGACUCCUCAGUUCAUUGACAGAGACAAACUUGCGUGGUUUAGGGAUACAGAAUUCGCUCGACAGACUCUAGCAGGAAUCAAUCCAUGUGCCAUACAGUUGGUCACCGAAUGGCCCUUGAAGAGUAAGCUUGAUCCUGAUGUGUAUGGACCGGCGGAGUCAGAAAUCAGCAGGGAACUCGUGGAACAAGAUAUUCGAGGAUUCUGUACACUUGAGGAGGCAAUGGAACAGAAGAAGCUUUUUGUCCUAGAUUACCAUGAUUUACUUUUGCCUUAUGUUGGAAGGGUGAGAGAGCUCGAGCAGACCACCCUUUAUGGAUCGAGGACAUUGUUUUUCUUGAUGCCAUCGGGUACGUUAAGGCCCAUCGCGAUCGAGCUAACCCGACCAAAGAUAGGCGACAAGCCCUAUUGGAAUAAAGUAUUUGUUCCAAGUUGGGAGCCUACAGGCGUCUGGUUGUGGAGACUGGCUAAAUCCCACGUCCUCGCUCACGACUCUGGUUAUCAUGAGUUGAUCAGUCAUUGGCUAAGGACUCAUUGUUGCGUCGAGCCAUACAUCAUUGCGACACACAGGCAACUAAGCGCAAUGCACCCGAUUUAUCGAUUGUUGCAUCCCCAUCUACGAUACACAAUGGAGAUCAAUGCAUUGGCUCGUCAAGCACUCAUAAACGCUGAUGGGAUCAUCGAGACUUCUUUCUCCCCCGGAAAGUACUCCAUGGAGCUUAGCUCAGUUGCUUACGAUCUUCUAUGGCAAUUUGACCUACAAGCACUGCCCGCAGAGUUGAUUAGCAGAGGAAUGGCAGUGGAGGAUCCAAGUGCGCCUCACGGCCUGAAGCUGAUGAUCGAGGAUUACCCUUACGCGAAUGACGGUUUGCUUAUAUGGGAUGCCAUCAAACAGUGGGUCACAGACUACGUCCGACACUACUAUCUUGAGCCAAUCCUCAUACAAUCCGACACCGAGCUACAAGCAUGGUGGACGGAGAUAAGAACGGUAGGGCAUGGCGACAAGAAGGACGAGCCCUGGUGGCCGGACCUCAAAACACCAGACGAUCUUAUCGGUAUCCUGACAACCAUUAUAUGGACGGCUUCGGCCCACCAUGCAGCCGUGAACUUUGGGCAGUUCGAUUACGGAGCAUACUUUCCGAACAGGCCAAGCAUUGCCCGUGUGCCAAUGCCAACUGAGGAACUGAGCUUGGAAGAAAAAAAGAAGUUUCUAGAAAGGCCGGAGGUGUUUCUUCUGGAGUCUUUCCCCACACAGCUUCAAGCAAUAAAAGUUAUGAUCGUUUUAGAUAUUCUUUCGAACCAUUCGCCUGAUGAAGAGUACAUCGGGGGUCAACUCCGGCUUUAUUGGGCAGAUAAUAAAGUGAUAAAAGCGGCGUUUGAGCGAUUUCAAGGGAGGUUGAUGGAGAUUGAAGGGAUCAUUGACGCUAGAAAUGCGGAUUGGAGUCUGAAGAAUAGGUCCGGAGCGGGUGUGGUGCCGUAUGAGCUUUUGAAGCCAUUUUCUGGGCCUGGUGUUACGGGGAAGGGUGUGCCAAAUAGCACCUCCAUUUAGUCGUUUGUAUGUAUGUGAAACUGAAUUAUUAAGUGACAGGGUUUGCAUGUGAUCAUGAUUUAGCUAGUUUAAUCAAAGGGGCAAUUUGGUCCA